GAGAAGCUUGGCAUCGUGUGGCGUGGCAAUGCCACGACCCAUCAGAGCUCUCACGACCUUCUGGAAGCAACGGAGAAUUGCGGUGGAGUGGGCACUUGCAAGGGAGGCAGCGUUGAUGGCCCUUACCAGUGGCUUAUGGACAUCUCCAAGAAGGGCACGGGAAUCAGCUAUGAGACCGCCAAUCCCUACGUGGCAUGCACCUCUGACUCAGACGAGGGUUUCUGCAAGUACGUCGACACGUCGUGCAAGGCACUCAAUGUUGCCCGCACCUGCGGAAGCUUCUCCCAGGAGGGUGGGCCAUGUACUGGGCUUGGCGAGUUCCCCAACGCCACCAUCUCGGACUAUGGCUCCAUCAGCGGAGCAGAUGCCAUGAUGAAGGAGAUCUUCCAUCGUGGUCCCAUCUCCUGCGGCGUUGACGCCAACCCCCUGCUCAACUAUGAAUCCGGCAUCAUCAAGACGAAGGGCGAGGGCGUUGACCACGUCGUGUCCGUGGUUGGAUGGGGCACCGACCCUAAGGAUGGCAUGUUUUGGAUCGUGAGGAACUCGUGGGGAGAGUACUGGGGGGAGAUGGGUUACUUCAGGGUGGCCAAGGGUGCGCUCCUCUUGGAGGACCAGUGCUCCUGGGCUGUGCCGGGUAGCUUCACCGCCGCGGAGAAGAAGAACCAGGUGCACUGGGGUUUAGGGUUUAGGGUUUAG